GGAAAAACAUUGCUUCACGUUGUAUGCCCCAGGGAGAAGAGGGAGCUGGGGAAUGGCAUGCAUUCAGGUAUAGUUUGUUCCCACAACAGCUUCUGUCUAUCUGGAUAAAAAAACAACAGGAAUCUAGUGGCACCUUAAAAGCUCGCCUUACUGCACUUACCCAGUCCCAACACAGGGAUAUUUAAGCCAUUGGAGAGGGGCACAGUGGGUAUCCCUUGCGCCUGACCAGCCUCCCAGGCACUCAUACUGAACCACCUAUACCUCAGCAGCAAGGGCACCAUCCACCUGCUUCCUUCGUCUCCUGCCCUGCAGCAAAUCCUCGCGCGGAACUCUAGCAGGAUUCUUUGAUGACGCAAAAUACCGCAAAAAAGAGUGCUCUUUACGGCAAACCGUAAAGCACUCUAGAAGCCCGCUAAAAGUAUGGUUGAAAAGGAACAAGGCGGAUAGCAGGAAUUGGCAUCGUGAAUGUUGCAAGUCCCCCUUCUAGAUCUGACACUGAUUUUAUUCUUUGAUUUAACAAAAUGCUUUAUCUGAUUGGACUUGGACUUGGAGAUGCCAAAGAUAUUACAGUGAGAGGCCUGGAGGUUGUGCAGCAGUGUAGCCGAGUGUACUUGGAGGCCUACACUUCAGUUCUCACAGUUGGAAAGGAAGCACUGGAGCAAUUUUAUGGCAAAGAGCUGAUUCUUGCAGACAGAGAAACAGUGGAACAGAAUGCAGAUACAGUCCUGAAGGAUGCCCAUCAAUGUGAUGUUGCUUUUCUUGUAGUUGGAGAUCCUUUUGGGGCUACUACACACAGUGACCUCAUUCUCCGAGCAGUGAAGCUGGGGAUUCCUUAUCGAGUUAUACACAAUGCUUCUAUACUCAAUGCUGUUGGCUGCUGUGGUUUACAGCUCUACAAUUUUGGAGAAACGGUUUCCAUUGUUUUCUGGACAGAUACAUGGAAGCCUGAGAGUUUUUUUGAUAAAAUCACCAAAAAUAAGAAGAAUGGGAUGCACACUCUCUGCUUGCUUGACAUUAAAGUAAAGGAGCAGUCUUUGGAGAAUCUCAUGAGGGGGAAGAAAAUUUAUGAACCGCCACGGUAUAUGAGAGUAAAUGAAGCAGCUGAACAGCUUCUUGCCAUUGUUCAGAACAGAAGGCAAGAAGGGGAAGAACCAGAAGUUACAGAAGAUACCAUAUGUGUCGGCUUAGCAAGAGUGGGUACAGUGGAUCAAAAGAUUGCUUCAGGUAUGCUACAGGAAAUGACCACAGCAGAACUUGGAGGCCCUUUACACUCUAUGAUCAUAACGGGCAUUCUGCACCCGCUGGAAAUAGAGAUGCUUAAACUCUUUGCUAUAAAUAAAGUCAUAUUUGAAAACUGAGUAAGAUUUUCUAAACAGCUA